CAGAUACGUAAAUAGCAAAAAGUGGCAGUAAAGAUUGAAGAUGACGAAUGAAAGUGAUGAUCUCAUGAUUACCAGCUGCGAUCGCUGUCCGCGGUUGGUGGCGUUCGGCAACAUUUUGCUCGAUAUAAGCGUCGAGCUGAAGGAUGGCAAAAUUUUAGAAGAGUUUGAUUUGAAACCGGAUGAUCAGAGGGAAAUUCCCGCAGAGAAACUUGCUGCCCUUGUGUCUGUUGCCGUAGAAACCUGCGGAAAACCGAUAUACAAUCCGGGCGGGUCGGCACUCAACACGUGCCGCAUAUUGCGCGCACUUGGAGAAAAAAAUAUAAUCUUCUGCGGAGCUAUAGGCAUUGACGAAAAUGGGCAGAUAUUGCAACAGAUUUUAAAGGAGUGUGCAUUGAACACAUGCAUUCAAACUUUGCCGGAUCAAAUCACCGGCACGUGCAUGUGCCUCAUCAGUGGUGAUAAGCGAAGCCUCAACGCGAAUAUCGGUGCGUCGUUACACUUCAAAAAGGAGUUUGUUAGCUCGCGGUGGUGUCAAUCGAAAAUUGGUAUAUGCAAAUCUGCCGCGCAUACCAACACCGACGAGGAUGCUCGAAUAUUCUACGUAGAGGGUUACUUCGUUCCGGAGAAGUUUCACAUUUGCACCUAUAUAUACGAUCACUACUGUAAAGGCACGGCCAACAUUUUCGUGACCAACUUGAAUGCCUCGUACAUACUAGAGCAGUUCACCGCGGAGAUGCGGUACCUCGUGCAGCAUGCAGAUCUGGUGUUUGGCAAUCUGGCCGAGUUCGUGGCACUGGCCCACAUCUACCAGUGCAGUGACGUGGAUGAAUUGGCCCGCACACUCAUCAAACAGUACCGCAAGCAGCAACGCAGCAAAAUACUCAUUGCCACCGAUGGCUGCAGAAGCGUGCGCCUAUAUUAUGGGGCCGGAUCAAAGUUCACCGCGGUAAGCUUCCCGGUGCCGGUAAUACCCACAAACUUAGUCAUCGAUACUACCGGCGCUGGCGACUCGUUCGUGGCCGGUUUUCUGUACAAAUUCAUGAACGACGCGAGCCCCACGCUAGCGGACUGCGUUCGAUACGGGUGCAAGGUGGCGGGAAAAGUGAUCCGCCAGGUGGGCUGCAAUUUGCCCGCUAGCGUUCCCUCUUCACCGCUUGGUUCGCCCUCAAGGCUGCCAUAGAUGCCCGAUGAGGAAUACCGAUGUAUUUAUUCGCUGUUGUUAGCCACAGUUCAUUCCCUUCGUUACUACUUGCACGGUACUUAACGCUUUUACUUCGGUGCUUGCUUGUUAGCGCAAUACGGUGUGGGAAGGGAAGUAAUUGUACAGAUAAGUUGUUAGCAAUCCAUAUUUAUGAAGGUGCUCGUCCUGUUAUGUUUUUCGAACGUUACGAAAGAAGUGUUCCUUGUGAUCUGGUACCGUAUGCUUGGCGUAGAACAAAAUAAAUUAUACUGCUUUUCUCU